AUGUCUACGGAAUCUCCGCAGAAAGCCAAGGUUGUCCUUUACUGGUUGGAGAAGUCUCGCUCCCAACGUAUUCUUUGGCUCUUGGAAGAGCUCAAGAUCGACUACGAGCUGAAAGUGUUCAAGCGCACAGAGAAGAUGGUAGCACCGCCUGAGCUCAAGGAGGUCCAUCCGCUUGGAAAGUCUCCAGUGAUUGGAGUACAAGCCCCAGAAGCCGAGAAACCCCGGAUCAUUGCUGAGUCAGGGCUCAUCGUGGAGUACCUUACUGAGUACUUCGGCAAAUGGCUGGAGCCGAAGAAGUUUGCCGAAGGCAAGGAGGGCCAAAUAGGCGGGGAGAGCGAAGAAUGGUUGCGUUAUCGGUUCUUUAUGCAUUAUGCGGAGGGCAGCUUGAUGACGCUUAUGAUAGUGGCCUUUCUGAUGAACAACAUCGAGACCGCUCCUGUUCCGUUCUUCAUCAAGCCCAUCACAAGGGGCAUUGUUGGCAAGAUGAACACUGCGUUCCUCCAACCCAAUUUCAAGACGCAUUUGGAUUUCCUUGAAGAUCAGCUUGCGACAUCUCCCAAUGGCGGCGAGUUCCUUUGUGGACCCGGGCUUACGGGAGCUGAUAUCAUGAUGAUCUUUCCCUUGGAAGCUGCUCAAUGGCGGGCGGGCCUGACGAAGGAGAAGUACCCGAAGCUUUCAGCGUACAUCGCGAGACUGCAGCAGCGAGAGGCCUUCCAGCAGGCCAUCAAGAAGAUCGAGGAUGUUACUGGGGAGAAGUACAACCCGUCGCUAUCGUCGAAGUGA